AUGGAGAAAACUCCUGUUGCAUAUUCAAUGGAGUGGAGUAUUGAACUCGAGAAAGGCCUCCGUUCCAAAUCUCAUUCGAAACGCAUUGAAACAAUAUCAAAAUUUGGGAAAAGAAUUGAGUGGUGGAAUAGACAACCUGAAGUUUCAGGCAGAGCAGAGUACAAAAUGUUUGGUUUUAUUCCUGGUGAAGAUAAACUAUUCUUGAAUGCUAUCCUUCUUCGGCUUGCAGAUGCUUUUAGAACAGGAGACAAAGGGGUCAAACGUUGCAUCGUGAAGAUUUUUCUGACGGAACUGAAAAGCAGAAGGAAAAGGGAUAAAGGAGAAGAAGGUGUAUUCUCGAAAAGUAAGUUAAAUAAUUAUCUAGAGAUUUUGACAAGAGUUAAGGUAGUAUUGGAAGGUGAUAGUGACACUGAAGAUAGAGCGUUGGCAUUGUAUUUGUUAGGUUGCUGGGCUGAUUUUGCUAAGGAUUGUGCUAGUAUAAGAUAUUCUCUACUUGCGAGUUUGUCUUUUCCGAAUGGUGAUGAUAACCUUGAAAUGAAGGCCUCUUUGUUUGCUGCUUGGCGAUUUUCUGAAUUAGCUGAUGAUUUUGCUUGUAUUUUUCUUGGAAUACUUACCACUAAGUUGGGAUCAAUGGAAACUUCGCUGGCUUUCAAGUUAGCAGGAUGCCGAGCGCUUGCAAAAAUGGGGCGUUGCGCACUUUCAGUUGCUAGUGGAGCAUAUAAAGCAGGUUUGAGACUGCUUUUAGAUUCAGCCCAAUCAGACCAAACAUUUUCAAUUGAAAUGCUGAUAUCGCUGACGAAAAUUGCUUCUAGAUGGACUAUGCUGAUAACUUCACAUAUGGAAUUACUUUCAGCAUUUUUGGUUGAGGAGGACGAAGCAGUGUGUUUACAAGUCGUGACAUUAAAAUGUCUUCAGUUUGUAUUAGCUAAUGGUAUUUGGUGCCCUGGUAGUGUUGCAGCUAGAGGCGUGAUAAUGAAUUUGAUUGAUAUAGUUAGUAAAUCAGAGUUUUCAUCAGCUUUAUUGGGCAAAGCUUUGAAAGUCUUGCAUCAGAUGCUUUGUUAUUACAUACCCUCUUGUCAUUUCUCUGAAAUGCUUGAGGUGCUCUCCAUGCUGUUUGUAUUUAUUAAUAAUAUGUUCCAAUCUUCAACCAUGUCAGAGAGAUUAUUCAGUAUUUGGAUGCUUUUAGAUAUUUUAGGCAAGUGUCUGGGAAAAGAUGGGCCAGAAUCUGGAGAAAUUGUGUCUAUUUUGGCGAACCAAAUAACUACAUUUGUUAUGGAUCGCAUGUUUGUGCUGAUGAAGUUGGACAUUAGUAAAUAUCAGUCCAGUGAAGAAACAGGGAAAGAAGUUAAAAGCUUACUAAGGAUUGUACUUAAUCUAAUUGAAAUUCAUUCCGAUGUGUGUGGGUUGGUGCUGGAUAAGAUUACCAUAUUUAUGAAGCAUCUGGUUGACGUUCUGGGUGAUAUAAACAUGGAGAAAGAAGAUGUAACGGCCGGUGAUGUCUCGGAAUGUGAGGCACUGAAUCCUUUGAGAUGUGUGCUUUAUCUAGCAAAGAUGACGAAUAUCUGUGUAGAAUACCUAGAAGAACAGACUGAUUCUUACGAAUUCGUGAACCCCUUAAAGCUUUUAGUAGACCAUGUUCUGCCUUCUGCAUCUCUUCAGUUGUACACACCGAGUAUAUACAUGCUUCUGUUGCACUUUCGUAAUUCUUAUAUUUGCAUUUGGCUAGACAGGAAUCAUCUGACAGAUGAUUCCGGUAAGUACAAUCUAUCUUGUGGGGACUUCUUUGAACAAUAUGAUUCUUUUAUAUUCGAAUCUGCCAAGAAAAUGUUUGAAAGAAGAGAUUUUUGGUCUUUCUAUCAAGCUGGAAAGCAUGCCGCAUGUCUCGGACAUUGGUCCAUAGCUACUUUCAUUUUUGAGCAACUUACGAAGCUAGUCUUGUCUGAUCCUAAUUACAUCUGGCUGAAAUCUUUGGCUUUGAUCUCACAUUCUGAAGGGCAUCUUGAAUCUUUUGGGCGUAUUGCUCUGAAAAAGACCAUAUUUCAAGAAGGAGAAGGCAUUGCCUCUGUGUUUAAUCGGAGCCACUAUGCUGAAGCAUUGAAUGAAGCCUGCAACGGUCUCCAUGCUGCAAGAAGAACACUUGAUGCUUCUGUUCCUGGGCUUUCCACCAAAUUCCUAGAUUGGUUUCUGUUUCUCCGGGCAAAAGUUCUGGAGAUUAUGAAAGACAUAAUUUGUCUUUUGGAGGGUGUUUCAUUUACACGGGAUACUGAUAGAAUUAUGCUAAAGGAAAGCCUAAUAUCCCUGGAAACAUUGAGGCCGUUAGUAUCUUCUCUUUCCCGAAUAUCUUAUCGGUUGAAGAAAGUGGCAAAUGAAUGUGAUCUGUUACUGGUGUCUUUUUUUGGCAUGGAUGCCAAAAGUGCAAUGAUAAUUUCAGCCCUUGCAGCAAGUUGCUCCCUGUUGGCAUUCAGUACUGGCCUUGUGUUUUCUAUUCCAUUGUUGUAUGCUUCAGCAGAAAAUCCUAAUUCUUGUUUAGAGACUUCAGAGAAGCAUUUUUAUGUUAUGCUAAUACAUGAUUUGUUGGAGAGGUUAAAUCUUACUGAAUUUGAAACCAGGGAAAGUCUGUUGAUGCUUUUGCGAGCUUAUAAGGAGUCGACGACGGGCUGCAUUUUGCCCCACUGCCAAAAUAAAGGUACGGGUGUUUGUUGCAGGGCAAGAUGCUUUGUUAAAAUUUCUAGGUAUGCUGUCAGGGAGAUUGUUACCUUAAAAACUGAAGCAGCCCAAAUAUCCAGUGGUAAAAGUUUUUCAGCCGUUGCCGUGGACGGUUUUCAGUUGUUGCUCAGGGUAAUUUUCAAAUGGAUGCAAAUUCCUUUCAAGUGUCCCAGUCACUUCUUUCAGAUCAGGCCUGAUGUUAAAUCUGAAUUAUUUAUUUCAGAUGGGGAUGGUAAAAUCAUAGAAGGAAUGUCUGUCCCAUUAGGUAGUCCACUUUCUCUCAAUGUCUGUCUUCAAGUGAAAAACAUGCCAUCUUCCUUGCCCACUCAGCUAUCUAAGUUGUAUUGCAUCCUUAGUUGCACCACAGAAAUGGAAUCUCUCCAAGGAAAUUCCAAAGAACAAUCAGGGUUGAACAGUGAAAAGUGGGAAAAUGAUGAAAUGUUAGACUUGUAUGGAAAGCUGGUAAAGUAUGUGACCGGGUCUAGUAAAUACAAGGCCUCUAAUUCAUUGACCGUGGAAGAAUAUCUGCAUUUUCAACCUAAUCAAAUAGGCCAAGGGUUUUCUACUUGCAUGCUUGAUAUAUCUGCUUUUCCGGUGGGGAUUUACAGAAUCCAAUGGCACAGUUGUUUUGUAGAUAAUGAAGGUUGUUAUUGGAGUCUCCUUCCACUGAAUGCUGGCCCCAGCUUCACUAUUGCAGAGCCACCUUGUUCCAGAUUUGGCGGAGUUGAGCAGUUGUCUAACUUAGUUAUUGAAUCUGGGAGUCAAGCUGAAGGAGCUCAAUGCAAGGGAUCUGAAUUGCAUUCUCCAUUUCACAGAAAGUUGGCAAUUUUGGAGCAAUCUCAGCUUGCUUACGUGGUGCCAAGGUUGCUCGCCAGGGUCCUGGGUGAUUGGAGGAUGUUUGGAUGUGGCUUUCAAUUUUUAUAUGCACAAGCCUUAAUCUUAAAGGUUGAAAAUACUGUCGAAGUGGAUUACAAUGCUCCUCGACAUUUGAACACUGAGCUGAAGAGGAUGGACUGGAAGAGUCUUCUGUUUGAUGAUGGGACCAAAACUGGAAGAGAUGGUUGA